AUGGAGGCAAUCACUCAGGCCAUUAUGAACCGAUCCAAGCUGGAGGUGGAAACGAUCCAGAUCUCCAAUCCCACCGCGGAAUCCUUCGUCAUGACCAUCGUGAGCAGGGUCACGGGCACCGGACCGAUGGGCGCGACCAUGGCACCAAUGACGGUCGAUAUGAUGUUCAACGGCGCCUGCUUUGGAAAGCUGGACCUCCCCGAAGUCAAGACCAAGUCGGGCGGAACGGAUGUGAUUGUCCGCGACCAAGUCAUCAAGAUCGUCGACCGCAACGCCUUCAAGGCGUUCGUCAAGGCCAUCAUGUGCGACGAACAGCUGGUGCUUCAUCUCGACAACGGAGACUGCACAAUCAAGGCGCUCGGUUUGUCAGCCAAAGUCAAGUACGCCAAGGACGUGCACAUCAUUGGCAUGGGCGGCCCCAAGAUCGCACAGGUCAACGUCCAAGAGCGAGGCGGAGGGUUUGUCAACACAAUGAAGGUGUACAACCCCAGCCCGUUGGAGAUUGAUCACGGUGUCAGCAUUUUUGAGAUCCGCAACGAGAGCGGUGAAGUUUUGUCCGAGUUGAAGGGCGACCUGAAGAUUGUGAAGGGCGACUUUGAGACCACGUUCCAGGGCAGUAUCAAAAAGGGCGCCAAGGCCUCGGAUAAGGCGAGACUGGUGGGCGUUGGUACCCAGGAGUCGAACUGGUGCGACGAGACGAUCAAGUUCAUCGACGUAUCCUUCUCUGUGUCACCUCAGUUUGCCAACAUGCUGUAG